CACACCGGAAGUAGAUGACAAAAUAAAAUAUUAGCCACAAGGAGCUAAAUCGCUGCGCAGUGCACGUUGUCUCCUCCGCUCACAGACUGUAUCCGUCCGCACAAAGACCGAGACCUUCACCACACUGACACCCACCACCCCCCCCUGGAGAUCAAACAUGUCCACUGAGAAGUGUUUUGCUAAAGGAAGCGCUGCACCUGGUCCAGUCCCUAAUGGAAGCAUCCGGCUUUACAACAUGAGAUUCUGCCCGUUUGCUCAGAGAGCAAAAUUAGUGCUGAAUGCCAAAGGAAUCAAACAUGAGACCAUCAACAUCAACCUGAAAGAUAAACCUGAGUGGUUCCUUGAGAAGAAUCCUCUUGGCCUGGUCCCAACACUGGAGACACCUGCUGGUGAGGUGAUAUACGAGUCUCCCAUCACCUGUGAUUACCUGGAUGAAGUUUACCCCGAGAAGAAGCUGCUUCCCUCCUCUGCUUUCGCUAAAGCUCAGCAGAAGAUGAUGCUGGAGCAUUUUUCCAAGGUUAUACCCUUCUUGCGCAAGAUCCCAGCAGGGAGGAAUAAUGGCGAGGAUGUCUCGGGACUGGAAGCUGAACUGAAAGAGAAGUUUAACCAAUUUAAUAAGGACCUGGUUGAGAGGAAGACCAAGUUCUUUGGCGGCGACACCAUCACAAUGAUCGACUACAUGAUGUGGCCAUUCUUUGAGAGGCUGGAGGUCUUUGAAUUACAGCACUGCCUUGGGGACGCACCUGAGCUGAAGAAGUGGACGGAGUGCAUGUCGGAGGACCCAGCUGUCAAAGCCACCAGGCACAGUGUGGACACCUACAAGGGCUUCUACAAGACUUACGUGGAGGGGAACCCCAACUACGACCAUGGCCUUUAAAGAAAUCACUGACCAAAACCUUAAAAACGUCCUUUUACAUUCAUGUUUAUUAUUGUGGAGUCAUAUGUGACUUUGUAAGCAAAAACAUGGCGAGUUUUCAGGGAUAAAUUUGAAGAGAGAAAUUUGUUCUCUUUUUAAAAAAUCGAAUCACUAUAAUGGGAAUGAGGUAUGAUUGUAUGACUCCAGAUGUUUUCAAUGACCAAUCUCACUAUCUGGCACUUUUCUUCUAAUAAAUUGAUCAAUGAUA